CACACGUUGAGGAUAUUUACAACACCGGACCGGCACAGAAGCUCCAGCAUUUUUUCGCUGCACUAUCCUGGAGAGGGUGAGUAUUUCACAUUCCCUCCAGCUGCUGAGGUGCGGAAGGGGGUGGCGGGUGGAUCGGCUCCCCUUCGUGCUCGCUGACAGCUGGAGGACAGACAGUGCGGGGAACCGAAGGUGCCAGUUGUCGGCUGUGCGGCGUCACGGAGCCGAUGCGCGUCCGUGCGGCGUCCAGGCGCGCCGCCUCCUCGGAGCCAAACGGUCUGGGAAAGGGAUUUAAAUAAAAAAGCGUUCGGGGGUCUGAUGGCGAUAUAAGGAAACAAGUGGACUAACGAAGAGGAGCCUUUUUACUCCAGCUGUCAGACCGAUACAGGUCAGCGAGCGUUAGCUGCUAACACCACGUCCACAAGGAAAAUGGAGGAUAAUCUUUGAUCACCACAAUAUGCUUUAGUAGAAACAUCAUGUUACUUCACGUCUGGACACUGGCGCUGUGUCUUGGCACUUUCCCUUCCGUGUCACCAACUGGGGCGCAGGUGACACGGUCCUCGUCCUCACCACAGGCAGAUUCCAGGAGCCAUGGAGGAUCUUCAGACAUGCAGAGGGACAGCUCAUUUUGGUCCAUCUGGGCACCGCCUGAGGAUGUGAUAGAGACCAAGACUUCCUCCUUCUUCUCACUGCCAGUUACUUUCCCCUUUGGCCUGUGGAGCUCCCAGACGCGAUCGGAAGAUGCCGAUAAAUCUACGGAGAAUCCCAAAGCACAGACUUCCACUUCUGCACCGAGUGAUGCAGUGUUAAAGCAAAGCGGAGGCUCAUCCUUUGCAUCAGCAACAGACACAUCAUGGAAUGCGUCAAUUACAACCCCGGACCCAAUCACAGCAGGCCCGACUGAAGAUACGAAACCAUCAGCAUCCAUCUUCUCCUACAACACACUUCAGAGUAGCACCCAGGAUGAUGGAGCUGAGCUUUCCUGGCCAAAGAAGAGUUUAAGUAAUGAGAAUUUUCCCUCCCAAACACCAACUCGAGUACAAACGCAACCUGUCAAAAAUAGUACUUCACACGUGUCGCUCUCUGAGAAAAUAGGAACCACAGAGCCUCUUGAUACGAUAGCUACUCCAUCUGGCCUAGAUACAGCAAUAGCUACUGACCAGGAUGCCAAGAGAGCUCCAGGGACAGAAUCAAAAAUAAGCAUCAGAUUGUUGGGCGAUGGAGCGAACGUAGCGGAAGAUCGGACAGAAUCAGGACCCUCCUCGGGGAGUCAAAAGUCUGAAAACGCAACAAGGUCGACUCCAACGCAGCGGGCAAGACCCAGCACACCUGCCAACGCCACCCCCAGGGAGGCAGAGGAAGAGGGGGUGGGGGCGGAGGUGGAGGAGGAGGAGCGGAGGAUCCAGUGGACGGCCACCGUCACCUCCGUCACCACUCUGGGUCCACUGGAUUCAGGAACUCCAACCAGUGAGGUCUGGCUGUUGGACACGACGCCCAACGAGUCGUACUCACUACCUGACUGCAACUCGGACAUCUCCGGGGCCUGUAACGCCUCUGACGCUUGGAACCCCGCCUUCCCGGACGACAACGCCACCUCCAACCAAUCGUACAACCCCUUACUGCUCCUCACCCCGCCUAUGUUUGUGCCCCUGUACUCGGAUUGGAACACGGCCAUGGCCACGUGGGGGGUGGCAUGGGAGGCCCACAUCUACGGCCUGGGCUCUCUGUUCGCCGUGGUGGCUGCCCUUGCCGUGAUCAACCUGUCGUGCCUCCCCUUCCGGUGCCCGUCGGGCUGCGGCUACUUUGCGCUGGUCAGCCUCUUCCUGCUGAUUGCCGGGAGCAGCAGAGCCUUCUCCUUGUUCUAUGACGCCUACAGCCACCAGGACAAGCUGCCGGCAGCGGGGACCCUCCUCCUUUACGAGGCGCCCUUCCCGUGCCUCACGGCCGCUUUUGGCAUCGUUUUCCUGCUGCUCUCCAUGCGCUCCCGGAUGCAGCUCUCCCAUUCCGUUCUCCAGCACCCCUGCUUCCUGGCUGUCCUGGUGCUGCUGCACUUCGCCACCACAUUCGGCUCGGUGGCCCUGCUCCAGGUCUUCACGCAGCUCCCCUGCCUCUUCUUCAUCUCCCAAGGGGCCUUCGUGGUCUUGGCGGCCUCCCUAGCCACCACCUACUUGGUCUUCUACUGCUAUGUGCGAGCUGACUCCAAGCACAUCUACCAUCUCAACAACACAUCGCCGCCCGUCGAACGCUACAACCGCUGCCCCUUUGCCGACGCCAAGGACUGGGACCGGGCGGCAGCUACUGCCGUAUUCUCCUCCCUCUUCGUGCUGGCAUGCGCUGGCCUGCAGCUCUACGCCAUGCUCCAUGCACUGGGCUUGGGAGGUGCAGAGGUCUUCCUGCCCUGGCCCUGGUGGGCCUUCCACCUGAGCUGCCGCGUGUGCGAGGCCAGCGUGUGCCUGACGCUCUCUUUUGUCGUCAUGCACCCGCUCUGCUGCUCCAGUGACCUCCCCCAGCCCAGCUGCUGGCCCAAGGUCUUCCGCGGCCACCUCGCCAUGAAGUCGUCAGUGCUGCCCAACAACUAUCCAUGGUCGCAGCAGGAGAAGCUGGUGAUCUGUGACACCAUCGCCCGCGGCGAAUCUGAGUGCCUGCCACUCUACGCGCUGGUGGACCACCGCCUAGACAGUGUCGACGGGCUAGACCUCCUCUACCACAGCCACCGGGUGUUGGCCGUCAGAGACACAGACCACAUCAAGGCCAAGGCUGAUUCCCUGAAGUCCUCCUCCGCCAGCCUGCACCUGGAUAGUGACUCCACAGCAGACUUGAGACCUCCUUCACCCAUCAACCUUCGCCGGAGCAUCGAUGAGGCCCUCUUCAGCGAGGCCCUCUUCCCCCAGAGCAUCUUUAGCUCCUUCACCAACCUGUCAUUCAGCACCAAGCCGGCCUCCGACAGCCACUCCUUCUGGGAGAGCUCGGCCGACCGCAGCCUGUACCGGACUUCCUCCUGCACGGACGUGGAGGCCCCCCAGGCUCUGCCAGCUCCCUUGAAGGGCCCCACCCUGUCUGGGCGCCGCACGCAGGACGCAGCCUCCUUCUCCUCCUCUGCCGAUCACUGGCAUGGCAGCAACUCCAGCUCUGUGUUCCAGGCCUCGCUGGAUGGCUCCUCCCUGGUGCUCUGUUCGAGCCCAGAGAGACUGGGCCAGGGUGCCGCCCCCCUAGGCAGUGGCCGUGUCGGGCCCGGCCACCUGUCCCAGAGCAACCUCAACCUUCAAAGACGGUACCAGGUGUUGGGCUCAGCCUCACAGGAGAGCCUGCACCGGGACAACUCACAGGACCUGGCCGUCCAGGCAGAGUUCAUUAGCGCGUGUCGGCAGAUUGAUACUCUUAGUGUAUGCAGCGACACCAUUGACCUGUAGGUGGGGCAACGACAUGGACAAUGCAGACCGAGAAGCACCAGGACUCACUGGGGUGCCUAAAUAUAGCAAAGGUCUGUAGCCAAGGUGCUAUUGUUUAGCUCUAUCCCUCUGCUCACAAUUAAAGAAAUAAAUAAACAAACAAACGCCAACCAGCACACUGUCAUGGAUCAUGUAGCAUUGCCGAACCGCUAAGCUUUCUGAAUCCCAGAUUUGGACAGCCCCCCCCCCAGAAUUCCUGGGUUUUAAUCCUUGAAGGUUUUCAUUCCAGCUGGGUGGACACCGAACCUAAUAGAAACAGGGAUGUGUCGCAAAAGUGCCACGGAAUGAGAGAUGCCAAGAGAAAUUUUCGUAUACUUGUGUCUCAAAUUGGGACACUGAUUUUUUUUUCCUAUUCAAAAACACAUUUGUACAGUUCUAUACAUUUUGCCAAGACUUAAAUAAUACUGUGAUAAAGCACUUAAAGAAUAAUUGAAUUCGUUAUCCACAUAUUACUUAUUAGAUACCUUGUACUAGAAAUUAUAUACGUAAAAGCUAUUACAAAAUAAGGUUUUGAAAGGUAAAAACAAAACGAACAAAAAAAUCGCCAGACUGCUGUUAUGAUUUAAUAAACACUGACGUCCUAUCUGUUCCGCAUUGUCAUUUUCAAACGGAACAGUACUAUUUUUGUAACCGUUAGGCGUAACGAGGAAGAAAAUAUCAGCAGUAUUGUAGCAGCGCACCAGUGCCAUCUACUGGUUCAAAACAUCACCAUGUGCUUUAUUUAAAAUAUUUGUUAUAACGUUUCUUAACACCCAUUUCACUUUAUAUUAAAAAAAUGAUUUAUUUUUCAGUUUUAGACUUAUUGUGUCAUUUACCUGCAAGUCUUCUCUGCGUUGUUAAAUAGGCAUUGAAUAUUUUCUACAUGGAGAGAGUUAAUUUAUUGUGCUAUUAUGUGCAUGUUUUAAAAUGUUUACGGAAAAAUAGCUGAUUUCUAUUGUGAUAACGUAUAUGGAGAAAAAGCUUUCAGUGAUAUGCUUCUUUCAGAAUGGUGUUCAUUUCCAAUAACAAAUAAAAGAACUUGACAGAA